AUGUCGCGCGACUCACGGCCGCCAAGGCGACCCAGUCAUCAGCGCCAGGCGCGCCCCCUCUCGGGCCCUGGCAAUCCUUCCUUCGAUACAGUUGACGAUUUCCCCGCCACUCAUCCCGAGAGUCGUGCCGGCGCUCUGCCACCACAUAUCAGUCGCGAAGACAUUGAAGGGGACUCUGCUCGUUCUAUACUAUUCACACACAAAAGAAUAAUAGACCCCGAGGACACCUCGGACCCUGGUGCUCCGCCGCGCGUGAAGUUCGUCCGCCACUACACAUUUCCUUCCACUCCUGAGCCGAGCGAAUCCCCAAAGUUCAAGAGGGGCGCGCCCGGAUCACCUGCAGUAUCGAGCAUGGCCGUCGAUGCUAAAACACAGAAAGACGGGGACUCGCCUCUUAAGUCGCUGUCGUGGAGCGAGACCACAGUGGCUCAGGUCGAUGAUCGUUGUAUCCAGGUCCCGCUGCCGGAGCUCAAAAAUGGGAUCCCUGGCACUGACCUUACUACAGAACAGAAGCAGACGCUGAGUACGUUUCGUGGGAUCGACACCAAGAAUCUGCCAGAUAAUUCGGAGAGCAGGAAGUACGGUCCUUUGUGCGAUAUUUUUAAUGAAGUUGAAGAACUCGCCGGCUCGAGAUACCGCUGGAAAGUCGUCGCAAACCACGGCGAGAGCGCAGAGAUCGGUCACAAACCCGACCUUGCACGAUACCCCAUCGAUAUCCCGGCCGCUGCGUUGGCGUAUAACCGUGAUGUGGCUAAAGACGACCCCAAUAUCGCGCGAUGUGCUUGGGCAUGGAUGAAUAGCUACGUCGAAGUGAAGAAUGCGGAGCGCAAGUCACCGUUCUUCUUCGCUCGCAAUAUAGGCAAGGACGGCAGGCAGAAAUUCCUCCGUCACGGCGAUGUCGGAAAGAAGGCGAGAGGCCAAUUCAUCAAGUAUGUUACCGAGGCAAUGCUUCGCCAACACCGAACACAUUACUACUCGUUCUACUUGUCGAAGAUGUCUGCUUGCGUGUUUCGCUGGGACCGAGUCGGCUGUAUUGCCUCAGAGCCUAUCGAUCUCAAGAAGAAUCCGAAAGCCUUCCUAAACAUUCUCUAUCGCCUGGCCACAUCAGAAGAUGGGGGUGGGGUCGACGAUACUGUCCAACUAGCUAGUGAAGAAGAUAUCUCGCUUGUCAACGACUACGAUCCUAAGGGCAACCAGUCUUUGCAAGAAUAUCGUGAUUUGCUGCUAGAUGAUCGGCCCAGCUACCCAAUUUAUAAGGCAAGCAUUCUUCAACACCCUCUCGCUACGCUGGGGCUGACAGAGGCUGACAGGUCGUCUGCCUCGCUGUGUCUCUUGAUGGCACCGAGGCGGAAGGUGUACUAG